AUGAAUAUUCUAGCAUCAUUAUCGUGCAAAGAUGAACUACACUUAGUGUACGGUGGUCUGUCUAAUGUUGCAGCACUCAGAGUCAAUACCAUUCUAGCGUCAGGUGCAAUUCCCAUGCUAGUCCAAGACACCAGUGUUGAUAAGUUCCCUGUAUCUCUUCGAGCACUUAUUGAGGAAGAAAAGGUGCAAUGGGUCACCAAGUCCUAUUCCAAAGAACAGCUCAUAACUUUGGGUCGAGCAGAUGUCGGAAGUGUCGUAGAUCGUGUUUUCGUUUGUCUUGACUCAGAUGACAUCAGUCUUAAAUCGGAGAUUUCCGCAGAUUGCAAACGCCUCAGGAUUCCCGUGAAUGUGACUGAUUCAGCACCUCUCUCGUCUUUCACUUUGUUAUCCUCUUAUUCAGCAGGUGACUUCCAGUUGGGUGUAACGACCUCAGGAAAAGGUUGCAAAUUGGCCUCCAGAAUCAAAAGAGAACUCGUCUCUUGUCUUCCUCCAAACAUCAAAGAUAUUUGCAAUCGCGUUGGCGAACUAAGACAGCAGCUCAAAGAAUGUGACCAGCAGGAAACUGGUGAUGACGAUGAUGAUGCUGUGAACAGCUCUAAACUCAAUUCUUUGAUUCGUGAAUUUGAUAUGAGCAAAGAGCAACAAGCAGCUCAAAGGGCUAGGUUUCUCUCGCAGGUUGUUGAGUACUACCCAUUGUCAGAACUCGCAAAUCUCACCAUUGAGAAGUUAUCUAAAGAGUAUUCAGUUACGAAAGAACUUGAUGACACCCAAGCAGCCGCCCAUAGCAGCGAAUCAACCGUCAAAAAGGGCUCAAUUUCUCUUGUCGGCGCUGGCCCAGGUUCGGUCUCGAUGCUCACACUUGGCGCUCUCCAAGAAAUACAUUCCGCUGAUUUGAUUUUGGCUGAUAAGCUUGUACCUCAACAAGUUUUGGAUCUUAUUCCACAAAAAAGAACACGUUUAUUUAUUGCUCGUAAAUUCCCAGGAAAUGCGGAGAGAGCACAGCAGGAACUUCUUGAGCUCGGCCUCAGUAGUCUUCUCAAGGGCGAAAAAGUGGUACGUCUCAAGCAAGGCGACCCAUACAUUUUCGGAAGAGGUGGCGAAGAGUUUUUGUUCUUCAGUUCUCAUGGAUUUACUCCUCGUGUUCUUCCUGGUAUUACUUCCGCUCUCGCCGCCCCUGUUUUCUCGAAUAUUCCUGCUACUCACAGAGACGUUGCAGACCAGGUUCUUAUUUGCACAGGCACAGGUAGAAGAGGUGCUUUACCAGAUUUUCCUGAGCACGUUGAUUCUAGAACUACUGUUUUUCUCAUGGCGCUCCAUCGUAUCGUGGAUCUCAUUCCUCAUUUAAUUAAGGAGAAACAGUGGCCCGCAGAUUUGCCUGUAGCUAUUGUGGAACGCGCUUCCUGCCCAGACCAGCGAGUUGUGAGAACUACCCUUUCGAUGGCUGCUGAGGCUGUAGAGUCUUUGGGUUCGAGACCACCUGGGUUGUUCAUCGCAGGUAGGGCUUGCCAUACCCUCGGCGGAGAUCUGAAGGAGAAAUGGACAGUAGAAGAAGGCUGCGCAUCUGCUUCAAUUGGCGGUCUUCUAGAAAAGUUAGCCCACGAGUAG